AUGGGCGAUCUCCUCAGGACUGGUCGUCCUAAAUCGGGGGUCGGAGGACACGUGCGUGCGGCACAACGGGGGUUCGGUGGUGGACAUCACGUUCGCCACCCCGACCUAGCCCGCCGUGUCCAGGGCUGGAGAGUCCUGGUGGAGGAGGAGACGCUGUCCGAUCACCGGUACAUACGGUUCAGUGUCUCCACUCCCCGGACCAACCAGCCCAGCAACAGUGGAAGUUUGACCUCCCGACGAUGGGGCGGCCAGCGUUGGGCCACGCGGCUCAACCGGGAGGCCGUGAAGGAAGCCGCUCUUGUUCAGGCGUGGUUCCCUGUACCGGCAGGGCCGGUGCGGGUCGAAGAGGAGGCGGAGUGUUACGCGCGUCCUGCAUGGCUGCGCGCCGUCGACUCGCCAGACACCGCCGCCGUCAUUCCCGUCCGCCCGGCGAUGAUGAACAGGAGCGGCUGCUUCACGGCCUACAAGACGGCCAAGAGAGCGCUGCGGGUGGCCAUUGCGCAAGCAAGGCCGCGGCACGUGAGGAGUCUCGAGAACUCUCGACAGCGACCCGUGGGGACGCCCGUACCGCAUGGCGUUGAGCAAGCUCCGCCCGUGGGCGCCCCGCUGACGCAGAGUCUCCGAGCCGAUCUGGUGACGGACGUUGUCGCGGCGUUAUUUCCGGCCGCAGGAGGCCAUUCCUCCACCGAUGGCGCCACGUCCAUCGGCGCCAUCGUGUCGAUUCCGGCAGAGGAUAUCCCGGAGGUUUCGCCUGGAGAGCUCAG